AUGGAUGCAAUCCCUAUCGGUCAACCACUUCCAAAUUACCGCUGUCUAAUUCAUGACGAGUUUGGUCAACAUGUGAUCGUCGGUCAGCAGGGCGAACUUCUCAUCGGAGGUGUCGGCGUAUUUGCUGGUUAUCUCGGUCGCGAUGACUUGACAUCAAAAGUAUUAGUGGAAAUUGAAGAUGAAACAUACUAUAAGACAGGUGAUUUAGUGAGAAUGGACAGAAAUGGGUUGAUCUAUUAUAAUGGUCGAAAAGAUUAUCAAGUGAAACUUCAUGGUCAACGAAUUGAAGUAGGUGAAAUCGAACAAUGUUUACUUGGCACUCAUAUUGUUGCAUGUGUCGUUAUGAAAUAUGAAGAAGAUUAUUUGAUAGCUUAUGUACAAAGCUCAGACAUUAAUGAAGAAAAUUUACGCACAUAUUGUCGUACUCAUCUUCCACCAUUUAUGAUUCCAUCGAUGUUCAUCAUACUCGAGCAGUUACCAUUGAAUGCUAAUGGGAAAGUAGAUAGGAAACGCCUACCAAUUCCUGAUUUCUCUUCAUUGAGUGUAUUGACAACAUCAAAGUAUGAUGCUCCACGUUCUGAAAUAGAACAACGUGUGCAUGAUGUUUGGUGUGAAGUUCUUCAACCUGCUAAUAAAAAAAUUUCAACUACUGCCGGUUUUUUUACUAUCGGUGGUCAUUCACUUCUUCUAAUCCAACUCUACCAUCAAUAUCAGUCGUUGUUUGGUUUUGACAGUCAGAUGCUAGGCAUUACACCAUUUCUGCAACAGACAACUAUUUCAGAACAUGCAAAAUUACUCGAGUCAAUUCAAUUUAUUGCUGGUAAAUCAAAGGAAUGGCAGACAUUACAUAUCAAUGAAGGUAAAGAGUCAUUCUCACAGACUUCAAUCUUUAAUGGAAUAAUUUAUCAUUGUACAAUUUUCAGGUGCUGCAUCGUUCGCUCAAGAGCGUAUCUUUCUGGAUGA